AUGUCCGAGCUUCAGUCCAUCAGGCUUACCACAAAGCCCCAGGCUCGUAUACUUUACCGCCUCUACCAGUCCACAUCAACAGAGGCGCCGCAGCGCAUUGUUGUGUUCCUGAAUGGCCUCAUGCUUCCCCAGGCGGGGUGGGCACCGGCCAUCGCGGAGCUGCAGGAUAUGUAUCCAGGUGGCGGUCUGCCCCCAAUGAUCACAUACGAUCGGUUUGGCCAAGGUCAGACGACUGAUCGGGAUCCGUUGGAUGAGACUGCUCCUGAUCCAUCCCGCGGCCAUGACUGCGCUUCCGUGGUGGCAGAUCUGAGGCAGCUGCUUUCGCAGAUUACCCGAGAGAAGCUGAAUAUCCCUCACCUGGACGAUGUUGCAGUUGUGUUUGUCGCCAAUUCGAUUGGCUGCGCUUUGGCCCGGCUUUACGCACAAUCAUACCCCGGCACAGUGGUCGGGUUGCUUCUUCUGGAUAGCAUCAUUGCCAACUCGGACUUUGUCUCCAUGUUCCCAGAUCCCGAUGCUGCGGAGUUCGACCCUGAAGCUCUCCCAGACGGAGUAACACCUGAAAACCUCAGGGAGGUUCGCAGUCUGGUUCGCCAAAUCUUCCAUCCAAGCGUCCCCAACGCCGAAAGUCUUGACAGGAGGAAUCUGGCUUCGCUUCUACCGGAUAGUGAUGCACCCAAACCCCAGGGCCCGAACGAGCAGCAGCCUUUCGUCAGGGUUGUCGGGCACGACUUCGAGAAAUUCGUCGACGAAUGCGAAAAGUCCGGCUGGCCGAAGCCGGUGACUAGAACGUAUACCAAUCCUUACUGGCAACGAUAUAAUGAAGGUCUCGUUAAAAUUACGGCGCCCGAGAGAGCCCAAGGCCCAGUGCAGGCACCUCAUUCUGGGCACUUUGUGCAGAGAGAUAACCCGCGGUUUGUUGCGCAGGAAAUAAAAGGAUUGCUGGAUGAUAUCUCGAAGACAAGUUAG